GGAUAUUUCCUAUAUUACUUAAAAAUUUUCGAGGUGUCGUGAGAAACAUUUCAUACUUUGUAUAACAUAUAGUUCUAAUUGGAAAUACUACUUGGUAAAUGAAGGAAAUUUGAAAAUUUGCAGCGAUAUAUCCAUAGGAGGACAUUUGAUAGUAAAUAAAAAAUAUUUAUGAUAACAGUCUUAUGAAACAAUAAGUCUUUGUACUGAGUUAAUUAUGGAAUGUUAUGGAGUUAGCUGAAUAGCUAAAUUGACUAUUUUAUAAUUUAUAUAACGGAAUAUUCUAUUGAAUCCAAGAAUGAACGUAUUAUUUGCGUAAAGUUAAAAAAGAAACCAACGUUUCUAAAAGACUUAAGAUUAUAAAUGUUCAAAUACGGAAAAAAUGUUAUUGAAAUAAAAUGCGAUUGAAUUUUCAUUUUACUGCAGAUAUGAUUUUCGAAAUGCUUAAUCGGGUUAAGAUAUCAAACAAAAGAUUAUUCAUAAAAAAACUGUUUAUAUCUACAUCAAGCAAACUAUAUUGUUCCCAUAAAAGGGUUUUGUCUGAAACUUCAGUUUGCUAAUGUGAAAGAUGAAAAGUAGGGGGAAGGGAGCGGAAAUACCAGAGAGUGGUAAGGAAUAGGAGAGAUUCUAUUUCCCCAGAAGUAAGUGGACCGCCUGCAGGUGUGAAGUGGUGAAUGUGGCUAUGUUAUUUUUCUAAACGCUUCUCAUGGGUACACUGAUAUUUUUUAAAAGAACUCUUGUCCGAUAGAGAUAAAUUUUAAAGAUGCUAUGCUUAGAAUAAUUGGGCGCUUGGAGGGUUAAAACCAUUAACUGCAAAUAUUUUCCCCCUUUCCCAGAUGCGGUAGUUUUUCGAACAACGAAUUCGGAUCUCAGUUCAAUUUGGAACUAUACAUUGUUGUAAUAGGAAAGAAAAAGUUGGAAAUUGUAAAUUGAAGAUUUGGGGGAGGGAAGUGGUCAGUCUGUAAGAUAAGAUUGUUAAGAAACACAUUCUUCUCUGUGAUAAUUGGUUCCACACAGCUAGGGAAAAAAGGGAGUGUAAAAUGGCAAUUUUUUUUAAAAUUCAAACUUUGUUUCGCAUGAAACAGACGCCUUUCAGACGUGGCUUAUUAUUGCGCGCAAUAGAAGACCACGCCUACCAGAGGAUGAUCACGUGACCAAUCCUCAAACAGGUUUAGUAAGUUUGUAGAGGGCAUUCCAAAUCUCUUAAUGAAUCGCCUUUUGGCGCACACUCUCAUUCCAUGUACUUUCACGCACAGCUUUGUGAUUAGUGUCUGAAAAUAUUUUAUCUAUCGACAUACCUUCAUGGCUGAACGAAGCAGCCGAAGAAGGCAUUUAUCAAAGAAACAGAAAGAUUUUUUGAAAAAAACUCUACUUCGUCUUCUUGCGGUUCUAUCUGAGGAAGUAGAGGAAGAAAUGAACGCCACAAAACGUACUUGGGUUAAAAAAUGGAUUAGAAAAAGAGAUGAACUCGGCACUUCUAAUCUUCUUUUAAAAGAGUUAGCUGCCGAGGAUCCGAAAGAGUACUGCCUUUUUUUAAGACUAACUCCGGAGAUGUUUAACAAUUUGCUAUGCCGAAUUUCAGAUACAAUUCAACGGCAGAACACAAUAAUGAGAGGCAGUUUAUCUGCAAAAAUUAAACUGGAAUUAACGCUGACCUUUUUAACCAGUGGAUGCAGUUAUAGAACGCUGAGCCAUCUCUUCCGUGUGCCUAAGAGCACCAUCAGUUCUACGAUUUCAGAAGUUUUGGAUGCUAUUUAUGAAAGCUUGAAUGAAUUCAUAAAGGUCCCCUCUACUACAGAAGAAUGGGCUGCUAUUAAGCAAGGUUUUUUGAAUGCGUGGAAUUUCCCAAAUUGUCAUGGGGCACUUGAUGGAAAACAUGUCCUGAUACAGGCACCUCCUAAUUGUGGCUCACAAUUUUUCAACUACAAAGGAUUCCACAGUAUAAUUCUACUAGCAUUAGCUAGUUGGGAUUACACGUUUCUGUAUAUUGAUGUUGGAUGCAAUGGAAUAGUUUCCAAUGGAGGAGUACUACAGAACAGUGCGCUCUACGAAAAAUUAGAACGAUACACUUUAUUUGGUACAGAUGGAUGCAUUAUUGGGGAUGAUACGUUUCCCUUGAAACCAUAUUUGAUGAAGCCAUUCAAAAUUCAUCCACUGACUACCGAGAAAAAGAUAUUCAACUACCGUCUAAGUAGAGCUAGACGAGUUGUAGAAAAUGCUUUCGGUAUUUUAACUAGCAGAUUUAGAAUCUUCACAAGAAAAAUUGAAUGCCAGUUAUCUACAACUGACAAAACUGUGAAAGCAUCUUGUGCUUUGCACAACUGGCUCAUCAAAACAUCUUAUCUAUCUCGGGGGUCUUUGGAUGAAGAAAAUAUUGAAACAGGUGAGAUUAUUCCUAGUCAGUGGAGAUCAGAAAUAACCGAAUUAUUCAACAUUCAGAGUAUUUCUGGUCGAAACUGCAAAUCAUCAAAACUUUCCAAAUUGUACAGGAAUAAUCUUGCCAGAUAUUUCAGUAAUGAAGGAGCUGUGCCAUGGCAAAAUGGUAAAGUAUAAUAAAUUGUCAAAAUUUAUUUAUAUUCCUCUUUUACUAUAUUCGUUAUAAUAAUUUUGUAAAAUGUUUUAUUGUUAUUAAGGAACCAGAAUG